UCCCCCCACCAUACAAACACAAGAUGGCGGGAGGAGGAGGAGGAGAGGCGACAGACUGAGGAGGAGACACCGGGCGAGCUCUCCUGUCCAACCGCGGAAGAUGAUGGAAGACAAAGGACCCCGAGUGGCUGAUUACUUCGUCGUUGCCGGACUAACCGAUUCAUCAAUACCACUUGAAGAGGAGAUCCACUUUAAUGACGCCUGUCAUAAGAUAGCUAAACCAAAGGAACCAAUCACAGAUGUUACAGUGAUCAUCAGAUCCCUGGGGGAGGAGGUGCCUCAGGGAUUUGUGUGUAUGGACACCACCCCAACCGGACUCUCCGCCGACCUCAACAAUGGCAGUAUCCGAGGACCUCAGAUAUAUUUGUGUUAUAGGAGAGGAAGAGACAAGCCUCCCUUAACAGAUUUGGGGGUUUUGUAUGAGUGGAAAGAGCGGCUAAAACAGGGUUGCCACAUCAUCCAAACUACACCUUCUGGACGUCCUGCCAACAUAAGCAGCAGCACCUCCUCCUCACAAAAAGCAUACAUUACCUACAGGAGAGCUUCCGAAAAUAUGACCCAGAAUUCCUUGGCUGUAACCGAUAUUUGCAUAAUCAUUCCGAGCAAAGGAGAGGCCCCGCCCCAUACCUUCUGCAAGGUGGAGAAGAAUCUGAAUAGCAGCAUGUGGGGCUCAGCCGUGUACCUCUGCUACAAAAAGUCGGUUGCUAAAACCAACGCAGUGUCUUAUAAAGCUGGUUUAAUAUGCCGGUAUCCCGAAGAAGAUUAUGAAUCCUUUCCUCUGCCCGAAUCUGUGCCUCUCUUCUGCUUGCCCAUGGGGGCGACCAUUGAAUGCUGGCCAUCCAAUAGUAACUAUCCACUUCCAGUAUUUUCCACGUUUGUCCUCACUGGAGCAUCUGCUGAAAAGGUGUACGGAGCGGCUGUACAAUUCUAUGAACCUUAUGCUCCAGAGCAGCUGACGGAAAAACAGAGAUCCCAGUUAGGACUGGUAACCCGCGCCGAAGGAAAAACGAAUCUUUCCAAAACCAUCCACGUGAGCAAGUGCAUCUGUCUUCUGUCUCACUGGCCUUUCUUUGACGCGUUCAAGAAAUUUCUCACUUUCCUCUACCGUUAUUCCAUCUCUGGUCCCCAUGUGCUCCCCAUAGAGAAACACAUCUCCCACUUUAUGCAUAAAGUUCCAUUUCCUUCUCCGCAAAGACCAAGGAUAUUAGUUCAGCUUUCGCCGCACGACACCCUGAUCCUCAGCCAGCCCGUCUCCUCACCGCUUCCACUGAGCGGAGGAAAAUUUUCUACACUGCUGCAGAAUCUGGGCCCCGAGAAUGCGGUGACUCUGCUGGUCUUUGCCGUCACGGAGCACAAAAUCCUCAUCCACUCAUUACGCCCGUCCGUCCUCACCAGCGUCACCGAAGCCUUGGUCUCUAUGAUCUUCCCUUUCCAUUGGCCUUGUCCGUAUAUCCCGCUUUGCCCCCUGGCCCUGGCAGACGUGCUGAGUGCCCCUUGUCCCUUCAUUGUGGGAAUUGAUUCUCGCUACUUUGAUUUGUAUGAGCCCCCUCCGGAUGUCAGCUGUGUUGACCUAGAUACCAACACCAUUUCUCAAAGUGAUUGCAAACGGAAUAUCAGCUGGAAGAUCCUGCCUAAGAAAGCCUGCAAGAAUCUCCUGAAUACGCUCAGUAAUCUGUAUCGGCAAUUGGCGGAGUUACAGCAAAGACCUCGAGAAGAUGCGCUGAUGGAACUUGCUAUGAAUGACUGUGACUCCAGUUCAGGGAAGAAAAUGCAUCAGCUGGACAUGGAGAUUCAGGAAGCUUUUUUGUGCUUCAUGGCAUCCAUUUUGAAAGGGUACAGAGUCUAUCUGCGACCGAUCACACAGGCUCCGUCUGAGACGGCCACAGAUGCAAGCUCUCUCUUUGAGUUGCAAGAUUUCUUAAAGAGUCGUGAUCGUUCUCACCACAAAUUUUACAAUAUGAUGACUAAGACGCAGAUGUUUAUCCGCUUCAUUGAAGAGUGCUCAUUCGUUAGCGAUAAAGACGCCAGCCUGGCCUUUUUCGAUGACUGCGUUGAGAAGCUGUUUUCAGAAAGGAAUUGUGCUGAGAAAGGAAUCAAGGUAGAUGUGGACAAGUCUGGAGAGAUGCGGCUCAUAGAAUUGGAUGAUUCCUACAAGAGCGAGCACACAGUGUUCAUAACACCCCCAGAGAUUCCUCACUUACCCAAUGGAGAGGAGCACCCAAAGAAAUACAGUUACAAUGGUUUUCCUGUCCUCACGUUGGAUCUUUUUGAUACUCCGGAUGGUCUCCUGAAAAACCAAAGACUUUUCCCCAAAGUCUCAGCUCCCAGCAGCCCAUCUCCAAUGUUCAGGAGAACAAAACAGGAGAUCAGGUCGGCUCAUAAAAUCGCCAAGCAGUACUCCUCCAUCCCCCAGAUGUGGUCCAGAUGUCUGCUGAGGCAUUGCUACGGCUUGUGGUUCAUCUGCCUGCCCGCCUACGUCAAAGUCUGCCACUCCAAAGUGAGAGCGCUGCGCAGUGCGUAUGAUGUGCUGCGGAAGAUGCAUGUCAAGAAAAUCGACUCUCCUGAUGAGGUCUGCUACCGUGUCCUCAUGCAGCUGUGUGGCCAGUAUGGGCAGCCCGUCCUCGCUGUCAAAGUUCUGUUUGAAAUGAAGAAAGCUGGAGUUCAACCGAAUGCAAUCACUUAUGGUUACUAUAACAAGGCUGUUCUGGAGAGUGUGUGGCCCUCUGGGAACCGAGGGGGUUACUUCCUGUGGAUAAAGGUCAGGAAUGUACUUCAUGGAGUUGCCCAAUUUAAGAGAGCCUUGAAAAAACAACAUUCCUUGGCGCCUCACACAACGCUUUCAGAUGGAAGUGACCUGGAUGCCGUCAGCCAUGGAAGUAUGGACAGCUCUAUAGACAUGAACCCCACAGAGCAGCCGUCCUUCAGUACAGAUGUAAUCGGUGCCGACGCUGCUGAUGACCGAUCCAGUACAGGUGGCCAGUCAGAUCUGGGAUACAGUUCAUUGUCCAAAGAGGAAGUUCGCAGGGGGGCUGUACAUGAUAUACAAGAGGAGCAGGAGAACUCUCGGGGGAGUGACUCUAGCUCUUUGUCGGAAUCGGAAAGCUCUAAGGGCAGUAGAGAAGGUCUCCCUCAGCUGAUGAGUCCUGGUUCAGAAAAAGUCACUAAGCCUAUUGUUCGAAAAGACGGCAAAGUGGAGAGCGCGGCUGACGCGGUCAUAGACGGUAACCCGGCAGGUCUUCUUUUUGCCCAAUGCUUUGAGGACACCAGAGAACGUGAGAUAUACCAAAGCUGGAGUUUACGAAGGAGACACAAGAGCGCUAUGGAACCUACUUUGAAAAGUCCGUUAGAAUGGGAAUCAAGGAAUAGGCACUUCAGUGGAGAAAAUCUUGCAGCGCUGUUGGUUGGUGGGGAUGCCGGACAAACGGAGUCGGGAAAAAUGCUGGACAAAUUGGGUGCCGACGCAAAAAUACUUAGCGGAGCUUUCAAAAAGAGUAUCCCUCGUCCAAAGACUCUGGACAUCAAAAGCAGCUCUGUGAGCAAGGAAAGCACCGGUGUGACCAAGCAGUGGAGUGACGACGACUCUCCCGUUGGAGAAGAAGGGUACAAUGACAAAGUAGAUUCCCCAGUGAUUUUUGACCUGGAAGAUCUGGACAAUGACGCUGUUGAAAACAAGCCAGUCAACACAAGUGACCCGAAGGCACAGCUGAGAGAGAGGAGCAUGAGUACAAACUCAACCGCAUCAAUGUUUGUUGCCAAGCCCGUGGAAAAGACAGAUGUAAAAGUUGGAUUGGAUCCCCUGUCAAUGCUGGCAGCCAACACCGGCCAGGAAGAGGAAACGGAGGAGGUGGUGGAUAACAAAGGUCUUCUGACACCAUCUGCUAAAAGGGACCUGGCAGAGGAAAUCGAGAUGUACAUGAGUAUGAGCAGCCCGUUGACUAGCAGAGCCCCCAGCAUGGACUUGCAGAGAAACGCUUCCGACCAGUACAAAAGCUCUAAAUCUAUACCUCUCUGCCGGCGGUCCAGCCUCCCCUCAACACCCCCGCAAGCACCUAGAUUAAUCAAGUCAAAAACGUACCACUCGAAGCCCGAGGAGCGACACCGAGGCCGGCUCUGGUCCUCUCCGGGAUAUGCUGCCAGCAGUCCGCAGAGAGAGCAACCUCCAGACUCGGCCCUGGCCUUGAUGUCUCCAACAUCCUUUAAUUUGGACACGCUCCUCACGCCUAAGCUGGAUGUGCUGAAGACCAGUAUGUUCACUGCUGGGAAAGGGGUUGCUGAGAAGGCCACAAAGUGGUACUCAAAGAUUGCCAACUAUGCUGGACCCGUAAAAGAUCAGAAUUCUGACAGAGCCAGCCUUUCUUCGGGGGGUGCUGGAGAUGUAGAAUCCUUUUCCAUCAAUGAAGAUGACUUUGAAGGCAUCACCUCUCCUCGUGACAACGACCUCUCCACCGGUAACAGCUCGGUGGGAAUGAGUAGGACCAGCCUGGAGAGCAACACUUCCCAAGACGGAGCGUCUAAGCAGCUCUACCACAGCGGUUCCCCUUCCAGAACGCCGCAGAACUACAAGUCUGAGAUUCUAUCUUCCUGCAAUUCCAGUGGUACGAGUGUCUUCCAGAACUAUGCUAUGGAGGUACUAAUCUCCAGCUGCUCCCGGUGUCUGUCCUGUGAUUGCCUGGUCCACGACGAGGAGAUUAUGGCUGGCUGGACAGCGGAUGAUUCAAAUCUCAACACCACCUGUCCCUUCUGCGGGAGCGCCUUCCUCCCAUUCCUGAACAUUGAAAUCCGAGACCUGCGCCGCCCCGGUCGGUACUUCUUAAAAGUCAGUCCAUCCACAGACAGUAUGCACCCUUCAGGUUGUCAGAGGCCAAAGUCUGCAAUUAUCCCACCAGCUUAUUCCGUCACCCCAUCCAGCAAAGGGAAACUAGAGGACUCAAAUAUCAGAACAAUAGAUAUACCGACUGGGAAGAGGAAGAUGGAUCCAAGCAAAUCGGCCUCUCCUAGUCUUCCCGUGGUGAGAAGCGUCAGUACAUUCGGCACUUUGGAUGAGAAGCCAUCUUGCAAUCUGAGCCAUGUCUCCACCGGCAGUCUACCUACCAACUUUCAGACACCCACUGACUCGCUAGAGCUGGACUGGAGGACGUCCCACCCUGAGCCAAUUACUGUUCCCUACCUCAGCCCACUUGUAGUGUGGAAAGAACUGGAAAGCUUACUGGAGAAUGAGGGGGACCCAUCCAUUACAGUUCCAGGCUUUGUGGAUCAUCAUCCCAUCGUGUUCUGGAAUUUGGUGUGGUAUUUUCGGAGGCUGGACCUUCCCAGCAGCCUGCCUGGAUUAAUCCUUACCUCUGAGCAUUGUAACAAGCAUUCAAAGAUCCCUCGGAGCUCAAUAUCUGAGGACAGCAAGCACGUCCUUAUUCAAGUCUUGUGGGACAACCUGAAGCUUCACCAGGAUAUCCGGCAGCCGCUUUACAUUCUGUGGAACACUCUAAGUCAAAACUGCACUGUAGUUUAUGAGACCCAAGAACAUCCUCUGGCUCUUGCACAGCAGGAGGAGGAGGAAAACGUGGAUCAGGAGUUUCUGCAAGGCCUUGUGAAGAGCAUCAAGAACAACAAUGUUUAUGGGCCUAUGAGCCAAAUUCUCGAGUCCCUGCAGCACAGUCACCAAGCAACACGGCAGAGAAGUUUAUACAGAGAGAUUCUCUUCUUGUCUCUGGUUGCCCUUGGAAGAGAGAACAUUGACAUAGAUGUAUUUGAUCGGGAAUACAAAGCCGCUUAUGACCGACUGAGCCCCGAGCAAGUGAAAUGCACCCAGAUCUGCGACCGUCCCCCCAGCACAGGCGUCACAGAAUGCAGGAGAAUCUUCGGGCAGCCAUUCCUCUGAGCGCGAUUCUGGUCCUCCCAUCGUUUUCAUAGCUAACAAGCGGUAGAUCUCGACACCCCCGAGCGCGUGUGUGUGUGUCCGAUGAGAUCCAGCUUUGUGAACAAGCAAUACGGAAGAUUUUCACUCUAGCGAAUGGAGCCUGCGUGAGAAUCGGGUUAUGGAAGAAAAAGCAGGGUAGCCUUUCUCUUAUGAAGCUUGAAGUUCAGGUCCUUUUAUAAAAGGAGGAAGACGAGAGAUCCGCAUCAUUCCGAGUGUUGUAGUUUACACAGAAUAUUUAUAUUUAAUGUUAUAAAGAAUCUUUGCGUAAAAAUAGGGUUUCAAACGCCUAGUAAGUCAUGAUUUAAUUUUAUUUUCUGGAAAGGUACCGAUUGAAGAAAAUGUUUUAUAAAGCGGUAUGUUACGAUGCCCCCUAUUGGUGGGGCUCCUUUUUAAUCUGUCAUCUCCUAAUUUAUUUUUUGCCUCCUUGGCACUGUUUUUUUUUUUUUUAGUUUUGAAGCCAUUUAAGAAAAAACAUUUCAGCCCCUUCUCAGUUAAGUUGGUGGCAACUUCCAGAAGUUGGCAGAUCGCGGGAUUUGUGGUUCAGUUGCCGCCCAUGGUUGUCUUUUAUUUUUUAUUUUUUUCUUAUAAAAUAUUUGACACUUCAUCUCUAUUUCUGGAUCAGCAAUAAAUACACUAAUUCCAUAUAGGUUUAAAUGAUGCAGAAGCUUUGGCUGUGAUAGAGGAGAACCCCCUCUGGAGCUAAUAAGGCUAAAGCAGCAUAUAUGUAUCAUCCGCCAUAUUGCUUCCUUGUCCUCCCGCUUUUUAUCUUUUGGGAUAUGUCCCAUGGCUUUGCGGUACUAGAAAUCAGAAUCGUUCUUUAUUCUCCUGUGUACAAAAUAAGCAAUUUGUAUAAUGUGAAAAGAACCAUGACAUUUAAAGUGAUUGAAAACCCUCCUUAAA